CCACAAACGAACCCAUCUUUCGCACUCUCCAAGGCCCACAACAGACAAUCGUGACGACGACAAUAGCAUUGGAAACCAUGGACGCCCUCACAAAGAACCUCGCCAACCUCGGAACCAAGCUGAAGGACGGCGCUACCGAGCUCGCCGAAAAGCAUGACCUCGAGGGGAAGGUUGCACCCCUCGUGGAAAAGGCGGAAMAAUUCGCUGCCGACCACGAAGAAGAGAUCAGCGCCGCCAAAGCCAAGGCCGSAGAGCUGAAGGCCAAAGCGGAGCAAUCCGCGGAGCAAUUCGCUGCCGACCACGAAGAAGAGAUCAGCGCCGCCAAAGCCAAGGCCGARGAGCUGAAGGCCCAAGCGGARCAAUCCGCGGAGAARUUCGCUGCCGACCACGAAGAAGAGAUCAGCGCCGCCAAAGCCAAGGCCGAGGAGCUGAACGCCAUUCUGGAAGAGAAACUCGCCGGUGGGGAUGCUCCACCCGCGGACGCGGAUGCCGCUCCCGAACCAAGCGAGGAGGCUCUUCCGGCGCAAGAAGCCACCCCGGAAGAGGAAGAUCCCUCGCCGGGCCCACCCGCGUCCUAUCCCGGCGACGUGGUCGUGGAAUCGCUGCAGAGCGAGGUAACGGACAUCGCCUCCAAGCUCGAAGCAGCGGGGAGAGACAUUGCCGAAAAAGAAGAGGUCCAGAAGGCCAUAGCCCCACUCCUGGCCCAGCUGGCGAUCGCGAAACAAAAAUUCGCCUCUCGCGCCUCCAAGAAAGAAGAGAGCGCCGAGGAAGCGGACGCAGAAGCAACCGAAGCCGCCGCUUCCACCGAAGAAACCCCAGACGGUGCCGGUGGAGAAUCCGCGACCGAAGGCGGCGGUGAGGAAGACGGCGACGACGGCAAGCUCCCAUCGCACUACGCAGCGAACGAUCUCCGCUACCAGGCCGAAAAGAAACUCAAUGAAUCGAUCGCCGCAGCGGAAUCCAUGGCAAAGGCUCUGGCCGCCAAACUCGGCAUCAAAAUGGAUGCAGAGGAUGCCCAGCCCGAGGCCGCUGCGCCAAGCAGCGAAGCCAACUAACGAUCAACGGAAUGAUCUGUUUGCAUUGCAAAAGCACGCAAUCUUUUCGAGUCAAACCGAGGCCUGUUUGUCUUUACUAGUAUGCUAUACAGCACCAAGCUGAUGAUUCGCCCCUCUCUGCCAUUGUGGUGUCCACCCUUUCCGCUCGCCAGUGGUGGCGUUCGAAUUUGCUGUUUCGGUAUUCUUCGACAGUAUUUUACUGUAUCAAUAAAGAAGAAGAACGCUACAACUUUGAAUGAGAAUAUAGGCAAUUCUUUCAU